AUGACGGCGUUGGAACCGUCGCUCCGGUUGUGGAGCCCGCUGUUCCGCUCUGCCGGGAUCGGUGCGGACCACAUCGACACCACCGUGGUCAGAAGCCGGAUCGACCUAUCGCGUUCCACCAAGAACGGGACGAGAAGGUUCGCUUGUCGAAGGUCCGGCCGUGGUUCAGGUGCCGAGCGGCGACUGGCGGAUCUAUCUUUGACGCCUAUACCGAAGGGCUCUGAUCAAGGACUGGCGGUCUUGGUCAGAGCCUUCUCGUACCUGCGUACUACUUGUGUGCGUCGUCUGCGCCUAUCAGUGAUUGACAAGCUAACGGUGCGACGCAAGUGGGUCUUGCGAGUUCGCGCCGACCACGAAGUGAACAUCUCCGCG